AUGGCUUCUUCGGAAGAGCGCGAGCUCGCGCUUAUCGCCAAAGUCGAGCUCCGCAUCGCCUUGGCCGACUCGGAUGCGAAGCUCCAGUCCAUCCUCAACACCUACCUUGCCCCCCUGCUGCUCAAGCUCGCCUCGGAGCACGUGAUUUCUGUUUGCCAGCAUAUCAACACGCGCGUGAGACCGCAAGAAAUCCAGCUCCCCGCAGCAGCCCUGCUCCGCCAGUUCAAGGAGCACGCUGACUCGCCGCUGAUCCGCCAUUUUGACCUGCUCUAUGUCCAGCAAGGAAUCUCGCGCCUGCCGCUGAGCGAGCGCCUUGGCCUGCUGCCCCUUCUCAUCAACGGCAUCGCGGCGGACACGGCAAAGUCCCUCGUCCAUGGCUCGCAGCUGUUCAACCUCGUGCUGCGCCUGAUGGCCCUCUUCCAGCUGCCGCCGCGUGGGUCCAAGGAUGACGAGCAGCUCCGUGAGAAGCUCGGCCUCGGCAAGGAAGAUGCCAAGUUCCUGUCGUUCUGGUUUGGCAAGCUGAUUCUGUUCACCGCCGUCCGGGCUGGCCCGGACGCGUCUGAUGUCGCAUGCCCCGGCCUGUCUCCCGAUGAGUAUCAAUUUCUGACCCUGCAGGGCAAGCCGGGCGUUUGGGAUCCCGCGGCCGACGGCGGCAUGAACCUCACAGAAGCAAAGGUCGCGGCGUCAAAGUUCCUGGUCAGUGGCAUGUUCACAGACGACGAGCGCUUUCUCCCCGCAGUGUACGCAUCGGCAGACGCAAACUCACGCAUAUCUGAGAUUGGCGACGACGUUCUCAAGCGUACUCUGCCCAACACCGAUCUAGAGGACCUGUGCGUCAUCGGUAGCUUGUACGACGUCUAUUUUGGCACAGCCGGUGGUCAAUUGCCCGCUCGACCAGCCCUGAAAAUAAAGAUUCUCUCGUAUUUUGCCAAAUCCAUAGCGGCGACCUCUUUCACGUCCAAAGUCGCCCGGCUGGUUGAAGAAGGGCUUACCUACGGUGUGGUGGAUGACGGCUUGAACAGUGCCCGGGGACGUGAAGCCACCAAGCUCCGCGCCGCCAUCUUCACCUUCGUCAACUUCAUGGCACGCCGUGGGUCUGCUGCAGACCUCCAUGCGGUCGCGCCCACGCUUGUGCAGCGGCUCAGAGCUUUCAUUGAAGAUCAGGGAUGGCCGAAGCCCAACCCAGACGAAGACGUCGCCUUGCGCGGGUACGUCUAUGAGGUCAUCGGCCUCUUGGCCAAGGCGGCUCCCGAAGAGGUGCUUCUUGAACCCAGCCUCAACCUGCUACGGUGGCUGUUCAGAUCCUUGAGCGAUGACACAUCUGGACGCGACACUGGUGUCAGCAUCGACGAAGCUCUUUCGAGCGUGCUGGGUGCCCUUGCUACAUCUUCGAAUGCCGAUGUCCAAAAGAGCCUCAGAGACCUCUUGCUCGAGCAGAUGUCCGCCGAGGAAGAGGCAGGCUCAGCAUUCCGCCGAAGCACACGUUACGCUGCCGUGCGGUUUGCAAACAGAUGCCUACCCUACAAAGACGUUGUUGCGCGCUGGAUUGACAUUCUCGCCAUCAGUGGCCCCGCUUCCGAAAGCCAGGAGGUCCGCGAAGAAGGAAGCCGAGGCCUUGAUCCCCACUGGUCUCGGCUUCUCCAUUCAUCGCAGAGUGGCACCGGCUUAGGAGGAGGCGACGAAUCCCAUUUACCCUUCCCUGACUUUGCAGAGCUGUCCAUCUAUGUUCUCUCGUUGCCCGAGGUUUCGGCGGCCACUAGAAAUGCGUGGCGCCCGAAUGACCAGGUCCGUCAUUUCAAACGCUAUUUCCCCCAUGCAUUCGCUCCUACUGUCAGAUUCGUUCAUCAGAUUCUGAUGGAUGAGGCGCUUAGGACGCAUGGCAUGGCCAUACCCGUCGACGUCGACUGGGCAAGAAAGCUUGAUACCGCGAUAUCGACAGAUGCCGACUCUCGCAACGCCGUCAAAUCAUAUCUCAAGCGGGCAGCAUCGGACCAAGGAACGAUUCUGCAUUCAGUCCUGGCUCUCAUGCGGGCCGCUCUUGAAGGCCUUCUCUGGGAAGGAGGCACUUCCCUGGAUGACUUGGGCGAGAGGUUCGUCCAGCUUUGCUCGCUGAGCCCGGAUGACUUGCUGGACAUGUCUCAGGCUGCACCCGCGUUCAGAGCGCUCGAGCCUUGCAUCUUCUCCAAUCACGAGCCAACGCGGACGGUAGCUGCCCACGCGUACGGCCUCUUGGCCACUCACAGCGCCGUCGUUGCCUCUGAAGCCGACCAGUCUCUAUCCCUGCUCUUGCAAAGGGCCGACCAAUGGGAGAGGGCAGUCGGUAGCCAGGUCAACGAAGCCGCUGGCGCAAUUCUCGCAGUGUCUUACUACUUCAGCAGAUUGACUGCCAGGAAACGCCGUGCGUCUGCUUCGGAGGAAAAACUGCAGCAUCUCCUGAAGCUGAUCCUGGAUGUACUCAGGCGCUCAACAGACAAGACCUUGAGAGAUGCUACCUCACUGGCCAUUAGCGAGCUGAGUUUGUUUUUCGUCGUCAAGGCUGAACGUAUGACGGAUAUUGCUAAAAUAAACUUUACUCUGUUCACAGACAAGCUUAUGGAAAGUGCAAAGGCCGGGAAUGAGAAGGCGAUCCUUGCACUGGGCCAUCUCGCCAUGAUCGUCGAUGACGAAUCAGAUGCUAACCUGAGCUUCGUGGGAGACAAGAUCUUCGAGCUGCAUGAAAUCCGCCAGGCAGAGACGCAAUUUGCUGUUGGAGAGGCAGUGGCCUGCCUCGCGGGGAGCUGGAACGCCACGAUAUUGGCUCCAAGGAUGGAUAUCGAUGCCCCCAUUCCGGCCGCACCUUCCAGAGAAAAGACUUUGCCCUUCGUGCUGGAGAAGGUCCUCGCCAAUUGCCGCAACACAAAACCUGCAUUGAAGAAAGCUUCGGUUAUCUGGCUCCUGAGUAUUAUCCAAUUCCUUGGUCACCUACCGGCCGUCAAGUCCAGACUGGCAGAGUGCCAGCUCGCCUUCAAAGGAUGCCUCUCAGACCGUGACGAGGUUGUGCAAGAAGCAGCAUCUCGCGGGCUGGGCUUGGUCUAUGAAAAGGGCGAUCGUCAACUCAAGGAUGAUUUGGUCCGAGAUCUCGUCGGCUCGUUCUCCGAUAACAAGCCGAAUCUCUCCGGAAACGUUUCGGAAGACACCCAGCUAUUCGAACCUGGAGCGCUCCCAACUGGUGAUGGUUCAGUGACUACUUACAAGGAUAUCUUGAACUUGGCCUCGGAAGUCGGGGAUUCGAGCCUGGUCUAUCGGUUCAUGUCCCUUGCCGCCAACAAUGCCAUCUGGUCGAGCCGGGCCGCUUUUGGUAGAUUUGGACUCAGCAACGUUCUUUCGGAUUCUAGUGUCGAUGGCUAUUUGGCUGAGAACCCGAAGCUUUAUCCCAAAUUAUACCGCUACAGAUUCGACCCGAACCCAAAUGUUCAACGCUCGAUGAAUGACAUCUGGAAUGCGCUUGUGAAGGACUCGAAUGCAACGCUGGAUAAGCACUUCGAAGCCAUCAUGGAGGAUUUGCUUCUCAACAUCCUUGGUAGGGAAUGGCGUGUGAGACAGGCCGCCUGCGCUGCGGUAGCCGACCUCGUUCAGGGCAAAAGCAUCGAAAAGUACGAGCAGUACCUUGGACGAAUCUGGACGGCGUGUUUCAAAGUCCUGGAUGACAUCAAGGAAUCUGUCCGCCAGGCAGCAGGUGGCCUUGCUCGAGUGCUGACGGCUAUCUUGACUCGAAGUCUCGAGGCUGGGGACACGUCGAUGAAGAAUGCGGACACUAUGCUCAAAAACGUCCUGCCGUUCCUCCUUUCUACCUCGGGACUGGAAUCGAGUGCGAAGGAGGUCCAGUUCUUUGCGCUCAAGACCCUCCUGGAGAUCAUCAAGAAAAGCAGCGCGAAGAUUCUCAGGCCGUAUAUACCCGAGCUCAUCGAGAGGCUUAUUGGCUUGCUCAGCUCGGUCGAACCGGAGGCGGUCAACUACAUCCACCUGAACGCAGCCAAGUACAACCUGACGGAGCAGAAAAUCGACGACAUGCGCCUGGCGAGCGUCCGUGGAAGCCCCCUGAUGGAGGCAAUCGAAAGAUGUCUCGACCUCCUGGACGAUGGAUCCAUGAAGGCGCUGGAACCGAGGCUGGAAAAUGCGAUGAAAACUGCCAUUGGACUCCCCUCGAAAGUCGGCGCCUCUCGCGUUUUGGUAUCACUGGCUACGCGCCGCGGUUUUCUCUUCAAGCCAUACGCGGACCGGUUUCUGAAACUCAUCGAGAAGCAUGUGCACGACCGCAACGAAACGGUGUCGGCUGCCUACGCUGCCGCAGCAGGGUACGUCACACGCAUUGCCUCGGAGAAGCAGAUCCUGGAACUCAUCACCUUCUGCAAACGCCUGUAUUUUGAGUCCGACGAUGAGCGAAAUCGGGUCGAAUCGGGCGACAUUGUCGCUGCCAUUUCCAAGCAUGCAUCCGACAAGUUCAAUGCAUUGAGCACAGAGCUGCUGCCCUUCACGUACAUCGCAAAGCACGACAGUUCGGAGACGGUGCGUGAACUCUUUUCGCGCGCAUGGGAUGACAAUGUCGGGGGGAGCCUUGCGGUGCAGCUCUACGUCAAAGACAUCGUGGCCAUCGCACAAGGAUAUCUAGACAGCCCCCGUUGGACGCUCAAGCACACGGCUGCCAAGGCUGUUGCAGAAGCGACGAACGCGCUGGCUUCAACGGUUGAGGACAUGAGCGUGCCCAAUGCAGAGACCAUCUGGCCCGCCUUGGACAAGGCGCUUGGGGGAAAGUCGUGGGAGGGCAAAGAGGUAGUCCUGCAAGCAUUUGCGCGAUUUGUCGAAAGAGGAGGCGCUCUGUGGAAGAGCCGGGCAGAGGUGGCAGAGCAAAUCAGAAGAGUGAUUGUGCGGGAAGCCAAACGGCAAAAUAAGGCGUACCGACAACACGCUCUCAAGCCGCUCGGGCGGAUUGCUGCUGCAAUGGCGGAGGUGGACUGGAGCGAGACGGUGUUUGACAUAGUGAGUCCGGUGGUAGAGGAGCUGACGGCUGGCGAUGAGGAUGCCAUGGACGUGGAUGCGGGCGAUGCGAUGCGCAAGGAUGAGAAACUGCGCGACAACACGGCCACAGGAGCCAUCUUCGCCCUGCAGGCUUCAAUCAACCCGAAGCUACUGCAGGACACGGCUCUUUCAGGGGCAGCUCUACGCUUCCUCGACCAGGCGCGCAAGCUGAACACGCUGCCGUCCAACACGAUCCAUGUGGCGGUCUUUGAGGCGCUGCAAGCUCUUUUUGACCGGGUGUACACGCAAGAGCCCACAGGCAGCUUCUCGACGGGCAACGAGGCGCAGUUGAAGGAAGCGUUGGACGCCCUGCUAUUUGACGCACGCUACGACGGACUGAGCGAGGCAAUGCGGGUCAAGCGGGCACAGGCAAUCCAUGCGCUGGCCAAGCUGCCGGAGAGGGGGUUUGCAAGGGGACUGCUCGUGGGGAAGUUGGGGCCGGAGAUUGAGGGCGAGCGGAGCCCGGUGGUGCGGGCUGAGUUGGAGAAAGCGAAGACGGCGAAGACGACGGAGGAGGAGGUCUGA